GUCCCUCAGACGAGAGUGUACCGUGGAGUGUUCCGGAAGAGAUUCCCUCUCGACAGCUAUCUAUUCACAGAAUUUUUCGCCAAAUUAACCACCUCGAACCCAGAAAUCAGUGCUUCACAUACGAAAUUUCUAACGAAUCUCUCGACCACAUCUGCCUGUUCAAAUUUUCCACAAACGAAAAUCCUCGAAACACAUCGAUCUCAGUGUCCCUCGAUCAUCGGCCACUUUAGAGGAUCAAUCCCCUUCUAAACCAAUGAAACAUUAAACCAGUGGAAUUCUACCAGAACGCUAGUGUGGUGCUCGUGGGCUAGUGUCGAUCAACAAGUAGCUCGUCGCGUGUACAGGCGGUAGCCGGCUACGGUCUCCUAAAUACUGUACACUUCAUCAUCUAAGAUCGGUAGCUACCAACAAUGCAACGAUUCAAGCGUAGUUGAGUGGCUGGAAACACGUAUGACAAUCACAGGACUGUUCUCUGUUGCAUAAUCAAAGCUACGAGCAUCUCGAGCGAAGUACUUAGAAGAAUCUAGGAAAUUAGAAUAUCGAAAGUGAAAGAGUUUCAGUGAUUAACUGUGCACUAACCGGGCGUGGAUAUUUUUCCUAGGUGGAACAGAUCGAAUAGGGAACGGUAUCGAUUGAUCAAACGCUCCCAUUCCUGGAGGACAUCCCCUAAGUAAGCUCCAGUUUGAUGAAUCGGGUGUCGAGCCUUUCUAUAGGAGCGAAGGAACAAUCUCCGAAUGAAGUCCUUUUAGGGGAGCGUCGCGGUUGACGCUGGCAAGCAAUUCUUCCCGGAAGCUGUGGAUCAAGAAGGCAGUUCAGUUAGGGGACGAUGUAGCUUCGAUGGCGGGGAGACAGCGCACGAAGACUGUUCCGGGGAUUUCGCGAGUGCUGUUGAUGAUAAUAAUGGUGAUACAGUGAUACGAGUGGAAUGGUCGCGAUGGUGACACCGUAGCUCUUGGGUGGUCAGAGUUCGCACCCUGGCAGUGACGCCGAUGCACAUUUGCACGCGGAUCUUCGCCUGGGCAUGGGAUCUACUCGUCGGUAGCGCCGCGUACCCGAUGCAGCAUUCUGUGGGAAUCGAAGUAAGGGUAACCAAUGAGUUACCCACGUCGGCUGCGGAGGACAACGUCGGCAAAGAUGCAGCACCCCCCUGGACAACGAUGUCAGUCCCCAGCAGUCGAACUACGCCUCCAACCCCGACGAACCCGCACCCGCAGUACUUGUCGCCGCAUGUUUUUCAAGGGCGGAACUCCCUGUGCUCCGCCAACGAUUACACUUUGCGAAGACGACGGCCAAUGACGCUGCGCAUCGGGCCACGUUUGAGCCUGCCGAAUAAAAGCACAUCUGCCCCAACAACCACCACCGACGGAGAAUGGCCGGCUAUCGGGUAA